CAAUAAUAUUCAGAUUUAAUUAAACUGCAAUCAAAUAUUUUUCUGCUUUGACCAAAUGCAAAUGGACUAGUGUCACGCAUUAACAUGAAUUUAUCACCGAACUGUUUAUGUCUAGUGAUAUGCGUAUUGAUACAUGUAACCAAUGAAGAAAUGACAACUGGGACGGACACUCUAAACAAAGCUAAAAUAACGGACACAAUUAACAAAAUAAAUGAUCCAAAUUUAAAAGAAAAUAUUAACAUUGAUGAAAAAAAGGAACAUCAAACAGGAUCAACACAAUUUGAUAUGAAAGAUUUCAAGGUCAAUAAAUUGAAAAGUCACCAUUUCGAGGAUGAAGAUACUGCAGAUUGCUUAGCUAACGUGGAUCCAGCGAAGAUAGAAGCAGUUAAAAAGAGUAUUAGAAACAACGAUGGUAGAGUUGAAUAUGUACCUGCUGAUCCUCAACACGUUAAUGAUGAAGAUAUCAAAAUAAUAAAUUGUCUUAAAAGAGAAGUUAAAGCUCAAAUCACUCAAACAACAAAUAGUGAAAUUAAAAAGAUCAAUAAAGAAGCAACAGAUGCUACAGUUAAGAAAAUAAAUUUAAGUACUGUAGAAGAAGAAAAUACACCAAAUCAAAAACCAGGUAGAAGAGAUACAGAAUACCAAUUUGAACCGCUGGACUAUUAUGACGAUGAAAUGGUAUUUGACAACACAACUUGCCCUGACAAGGUGGAGGUUAUAGAGCUACAACUGGGCGAAGUGAAGAAUUAUGACCUGGAGUGUAGUAUGAUCACGCAUUGGACAGGUUUAUCUGAUGCUGAUCAGAUGUAUCGAUAGGUUGGAAAUAAAUAUACAGUUAUUGUCCUGUUUCUUAGAAUUA